UAAACAAUCUGCUUGUUGUCAAAUUUCGGUUAAUACGUGGUUCUCCCAUACCAGUUGGGUGAAAUGUAUAUGCGUGAGGUUUUUGUGGCAGACCUUUAACCUUCCACGCACAGAGCCCGAUAGAGCGUGUUGCCAGUAUUAACCACGUAACACUCUUCGAACGAUUGCUGGCCUAGAAUAGAUCUAUUGUUUCCAUUGUACAUUCCCCACCCGCGCAGUUGAUAAAAGUGAAAGUUUGUUGAAGUGCCGGACCGAUAGAAAGGGCCGCAACGCCGCGACGUGUUCAAGGGAAAAUUACAAUGAAGCAGAACGUGCUGAUAACCUUGGGCAUAUUGAUGCAGCUUGCAUCGUUGACUAUUUGUCAACGUGUAGCACCUGGAGUAAAUCCUAACCAUUAUCAACAGCAACAAUAUCAGCCGCCCCCUCCACAGUAUCAACAACAAGUUCCUCAACAACAGCAGCCACAAUAUCAUCAACAACCUCCACAGCAACAGCAACAACAACAGCAACAGCCUCAGUAUCAGCAACAACAAUUUCAGCAACAUCAGCAACAGCAACAUCAGCAACAGCAGCAUCAGCAACAACAGCAGCAACAUGGUGAUCAUGGUCAGCAGCAAGUGCUUCAUACCGGAAAUUUACAACAAGAGAAGCAGCACAUUGCUGAACAUAUGGAAGUGCCGAUCGAUACAAGCAAAAUGAGUGAACAAGAAUUGCAGUUCCAUUAUUUUAAAAUGCACGAUUCGGACAACAACAACAAGUUGGAUGGCUGUGAGCUUAUCAAAUCACUCAUUCAUUGGCACGAACAAGGCAAGGCACAAGAAAACAGUGGCCAUCCGCAGCACGAGGAAAAAAUAUUCUCUAACGACGAACUAUCUGCGCUGAUAGAUCCAAUUCUUAACUCAGACGAUCACAAUCAGGAUGGUUUCAUCGACUAUCCGGAAUUUGUGCGCGCUCAGCACAAAGCGGCCCAGCAGCAGCAGCAAGAACAGCAGCAACAGCAACCACACCCUUAGUAUGUGUAUCUGUUCGUAACAGUUUACAGAACUGGUUUCGUUAUAUCCGAGAUAGACUGAUAAAAUAAUAACUGAGCUUGUAAAGCCUAAGUCCUCACCUGAAAGUACUGAGUGACUUUUGGAUGUAACGGGAAAGAAUUUCUACUUCUAAAACGAAAAGGUUAACUCAAAUUGACACAUUCCCGAGCAGAAUAAUGAUACGUAAAUCUUUGAUUUAUCGAAUAGCGCAAAAUCAGUAUUAUUCUCGUCAUCGUUUUCCGUAAAAAAAACAAAAAUUACAUAUUUGCUGUAAUAUUUCCAAUUACUGGUUUUAGGCAUUUUCAUAACAUACCAUAGCAUAA